ACGCCAAAAUUUAAUUUCUUAUAAUAUAAAAAAAAUCCUUAUCAAUGAUAUACCAAUAUUUGUUUAUUUCUGAAUUUGUUUUCUUCCACAAUUUCCAAACAAAAGAAAAAACAUGGAAAGUGCAUUGAGAGAAAUAAAAAGAAUUGAAGCAUAUUUACUUUUCAUAUUUAACUCGGCAUAGAAGCCAACUUGAAAUACAUUUCUUUCCAGGCGGUUGCCUGACUUUUCUUUCCGGUGGGAAUUAAGAGAUGGAAAUGGAAAAAGAGCAAGAAUUGGAAUGGGUUGAGGCGCAAAAGAUAGAGGUAAGCUUGGACCUUGCGGCUGCAGCCAAGAAGCAGCUUGAAUUUCUUGCUGCUGUGGAUAGGAAUCGUUGGCUCUACGAUGGUCCUACUCUCCAAAGAGCUAUUUACAGGUACAAUGCUUGCUGGCUUCCCUUACUUGCCAAAUAUUAUAAGGAAGAGAUUUUGGAAGGGCCUCUGGUUGUUCCUCUCGAUUGUGAAUGGAUUUGGCAUUGUCACAGGCUAAAUCCAGUUCGUUACAAGACUGACUGCGAGGAACUUUAUGGGAGGAUCCUUGACAACUCUAAUGUUGUAUCUUCUCUUGAAAGCACAUGUAAAAGGAAAACAAAAGAAAUUUGGAGUAGACUUUAUCCAGAUGAACCUUAUGACUUUGACUUGACCAAAGCAUUAUCUGAAAAUGCCUCUGAAACACUUUCUGGACUUGAAAAGCACACUAAAUAUGAUCUAAUUUCAGCUGUUAAAAGACAGAGUCCUUUCUUUUAUCAGGUGUCCAGAGCCCAUAUGAACAAUGAUAUCUUUAUUGAAGGAGCUGUAGCCAGAUAUAAGGGUUUCCUUCAUCUUAUCAAAAGAAAUCGAGAGAAGUCCAUAAAGCGCUUUUGUGUUCCAACUUAUGACAUUGACCUUAUUUGGCACACCCACCAGUUGCAUCCUGUCUCUUACUGCAAAGAUUUGAAUAAAGCACUUGGCAAGAUAUUGGAGCAUGAUGAUACAGACUCAGACAGAACUAAGGGGAAAAAACUUGAUGUUGGAUUUUCUGGCACUACUAAACAGUGGGAAGAGACUUUUGGCAUAAGGUACUGGAAGGCAGGGGCCAUGUAUAGAGGGAGUUCUCCAUCUCCCAUAUCGGCCAUUUCUUGCAUUCCUGACAUUUUGACUAAGGAAUUACAUUCCACAAAUGAGUUUCCGAAAAUUAUUAAGCUUCCUGAGAUGAGGGUUUUAGAGGUCCUUUUGGAGUUUGUAGGAGUUAAGAACUUGCCACAUGAGAAAAAGGGAAACCAUUUUGUCUUGUUUAGUAAAACCCAACCUGAUGUGUUCUUUAACACUAAGCAGAAACUGACUAUUUUAUCUGAGUCUGGGCAGAAACAAGUUGCUUCAUUUCAGUGUGAACCUACAGGCGAACUGCUUUUUGAACUUGUAUCACAUUCAGCUUCCAAUAUACCAGGAAUAAAGAAGUUCAAAACUUUAGGUGCUGCUUCACUCUCUAUACGAGAGUUUCUAGUUCCAGUUUCUAAACUUGCUGUGGAGAAAUGGUUGGACUUAGUGCCCACUUUAGGAAAUGGAUCUUCAAAACCAAUUUGCCUGCGUGUUGCUGUUUCAUUUACAGUUCCUACAAUAGCACCGCAUGUACUUCACAUGGUUCAAUCCCGUCCUUUUUCAAAAGUUUCUUGUUUCCAACUUCCUCUAGCUGGAAAAGUCCCAGCUGGUAAGACUUGCACAAGUGUCAUUGAUGAAACUCAAGCUGAGGUGAUAAGACUCCAAAUGAGAGAAUCUGGAAAGCCAAAGAUGAAAGAAAACUGCCGCUCAAGGAAGCAAGUAAUUGGUAUCACAAAGCAUGGUGAAACACAUGUUGUAGCAGAGCUUCUUGGGACUCAUUGGUCUUUGAUGGAUUCUGAAUGUGUCCUUCAGAAUACAGAAGAAGUUAGUAAAAAUGGUCAUCUCUUUGAUCUCAAAGGCAAUAGGAUGGUAAAGGUUUUUCUUGGCAGAAAACUGGAUUAUGAGCCCAAACAUCGUGAGAAGCAGAGGAAUGAAGGUGACUUUAUGACUGCAGUUGAAUUUUCUGCAGAACAUCCAUAUGGAAAAGCAGUUGCAUUGCUUGACUUAAAAUCUGGAUGUCUGAGGGCAAAGGAGGAAUGGUUCGUUUUGCCUGGAUUGAUAUCAGCGUUUAUACUUUCUCAUAUUUUAAAGAGGAAAGGACACAUUGGCUUGACCAUUGAUGGCAAAAGUACGAAAGAGAUGGACAGUGCAACACAGAAGGAAAAUGUUGAGAAUGACCAGCAUGACAACCUGACUGCCUCCAUAGAAACUGAAGUCAAUUCAGACAAUGACGUGACCUUAGAAAAUACAAUGAUACCCAAAAAAGAUGGUUCAUGCAGGGAUUAUGGAGGUGAGAAAGGAAAUGCAGUAAAAAGUGGUGGUUGGCUUGGUUGUGGUGCAGGCUGUGUAAACAUGGUGAAGAGUAGUGGCUGUGGUGGUUGUGGAAGCAUGGUGAAUAGCAGUGGCUGUGGUGGUGGGUGUAGUGAAGGUUGUGGAACCAGGGUGAGGAACAGUGGCUGCGGCGUUUGUGGUGGGUGUGGCAGUGGCAACAAUAUAAAAACUAGUGGUGAAACCGGAAAUUUGGUAGAAAGUAAUGGGUGUGAAAAUCCCCCAUACAUGGAGGAGGCUAUAAAAGCUUGAUGUCUGUGGAAGUAAAUAUUAGCAAGUAUUCGCUGCAUCUUGAUGUUAUCCUAGCAAGUUUUGCAUGACUCGUGCACAGCACUUGUCCAGGAAAUAAUUGCAUUUAGUGAAGUCUGUGUCCUUACAUUGUUUCUGUUUCUUCUGAUUCUCAAUUUGGUAUAUAGUUUCCUACAACAAUAAACGUCCUUGGGGAGUGUAUUACAAUACCCUGUGAUACUACUAUCCAAAAGUUCUAGUUAAUGGUGAUUUUCAGUGAUUAUCUAAUCUGCUAUUUCUCUUUGAAUUUGAAGUCCUCUCAUGAUUUUAAAAGCUUCGUACCCUUUUUGUAAUAAUGAAACUCAGCAUAAAGUAUGCAUUUUUAAUGUAGAACUUCUGUACAAUGAAGCAUGACAAUGGCUCUUAUUGCGCCAGCAAAGCAAGUGUUCUAUGCCACUUCUUGUUCAUUUUCAACUUGCCUUGCUAUGAAGGUAAGCAAUGUAGAGAUGUUUGUGACAUAAGUAACAUGAAAAGGAGUUGUAAUUAUUAGCAAUUGCAGUGCAGUUAAGGUUGGUUUAGGUCAAGGUUCAAAUUCCUUAACCCCUUUGAUCUUAGUUUAAUUGUAACCUCUUUGAUUUUUGGACUUCAGCUCAAUUGACAAUGUCCUCACUUUUUAAAGAUGAGAAUGUCGUUGAUCUAAAAUUCAAUUCCGUUACUUACAAUCUUGCUUGACCAUUUUCACUUCAUCAGGAUGCAGUCUUCAUGUCAGAGCUCAUAA